AUGGCAUUGGGCCCGACUCUGGGUACUGGGCUGUUCAUCGGCGCUGGGCAGGCGCUCGCAAUCGGCGGUCCAGCCUCGCUACUCAUUUCCUACGCAUUCUUAUCGCUCUUAACCUACUUCAUGGCCACGACUGUCACCGAAGUCGCCACUCAUGCCCCGGCCCGACACGGUACAUUGGUCACCAAUGGCUUCCGAUACAUGACGGACAGUAUGGGUUUCGCGGCCGGAAUUCUGCGCUGGUAUACGCUGGCAAUGUUUGUCCCCUACGAAAUUACAACUGCAAUGGUAAACCUCGGACUGUGGAACCCUGGCGUGACGAUUGCUUUGCGAUUGAUCUUCGUCAUGACUGUUGUUGUGGGAUCCAACUUCAUCCCGGAGAGACAUUUUCGAACCUCUGAGCGCAUUUUCACAAGAGUCAAAGUCGUCACAAUGGCCUGUCUCCUUGCUUUGUCGUUGUCUAUUGGGCUUGGGGGCGCGACGGGGCACACUAAUUGGGGGUUUUAUUACUGGAAAAGGCCAGGGGCAAUGCACGAAUACCUGUUCCAUGGCUCUCUGGGGAAGUUCUGGGGCUUGCUGCAAUGUGUCUUGCACAGCUCUAUCGCGUUCACCUUCACGCCCGAAAUCAUUGUUCACCGAGCCGAGACGGUUGAACUGGCUUAUACGGAAAUUGGCGAAGUGUUGGAUCCGACUGUCCAAGCUAGCCUACCGAGCAAGGUUGCCUUCGAUGUGGCUACUACCACAUUGCCGUAUAUCCUGAGCUCCCUCGCGAUGGGUGUCAUGGCCCCAUACAACGACCCGUUAUUGACCAACAAUGGAGCUGGAGCCGGUCUGUCCCCCUUCGUUAUUGGGAUAAACACUGCUCGUAUCCCCAUCGUCUCCGUCACUGCAUCCCUUGCCAUCCUGAUCUCAUCGGUUGCUUCGGCUCGGUCGUUUUUAUUCCUCGCUUCACGAACACUAUGUGCAAUGUCUGAGCUCGGCCAUGCUCAUCGGGCCCUCAAAGUACGCAACCAAUGGGGCGUUCCUUAUGUCGCCGUCAGCACCACUGGCUUUUUCUCCCUGUUAGCCUUCGCCUCCGUGAGAAUGUCGAGCUCAAUCACGACCACCUAUUUCCUAGUCUUCGUGAACAGCUCCGGCUACCUGUCCUGGUUGAUUUCGUGCGUGAUAUUCCACUACUUCCGACGGAAUUUGGGUCUCCGCCACAAUACCCACUCUUAUCAAUACGCCAUUCAGCCGUUUGGGACGUACUUCGGAGCCCUGAUGAGUGUGAUCUUGCUCAUGUUCAAUGGCUUGGUUGGAGGCACAUCGGGUCCUCGUCCCGGUCCAAGAGUCGCAAGACUUCUUGCCGCUUACCUGAGUAUCCCCGUCUUCGCGAUUGUGUAUUUUGCUCAUCGAUUUCGGACGAUGGUCCCUUAUCGGACAUCUCAUAGCAAUCUGGGGGUGCACAACCGCCAGGAAGAACAACGAGGUCAAGCUGUCACUCAAGUUUCCGAGCCACAACAGGGAGGGUUAGCGCAACCCGUUUCACCAGAGAUCGUUUAG